AUGCGCCGCCGCCAGCACCUUGCCCUCGCCGCCGCCGCCAAAUCCCACGCCGCGCUCCUCAAGUCCGGCGCCUCCUCCCCCACGCCCUGGAACCAGCUCCUCACCGCGUACUCCGGCUCCGGCUCCGGCCUCGCCGCCGCGCGCCGGGUGUUCGACGAGAUCCCCCGCCCCGACGCGGCCUCCUGGAACUCCCUCCUCGCCGCGCACGUCGCCGCCGGCGCGCACCGGGACGCAUGGCGCCUGCUCCGGGCCAUGCACGCGCGGGGGCUCGCCGCCAGCACCUUCACCCUCGGCUCCGCCCUCCGCUCCGCGGCCGCCACGCGACGCCCGGAGCUCGGCGCCCAGCUGCAGUCGUUCGCCGUCAGGUGCGGCCUCGCUGACAACGUCUUCUCUGCUAGCGCAUUGCUAGAUGUGUAUGCGAAAUGUGGCCGAUUGAGCGAUGCUCGCCGAGUGUUCGAUGGAAUGCCAGUACGGAAUACCGUUUCUUGGAACGCGCUCAUUGCUGGAUACGCGGACUCUCAGAAGCCGGCAGAAGCAAUGGAUCUGUUUCUCGAGAUGCAGAGGGUGGGGUUGGUCCCAGAUGAUGGGACAUUUGCUGCGUUGCUAGCUACAAUUGAGGGCCCGCGCUGGUUUUCCUUGAUGCAGCAGCUGCAUGGAAAGAUUGUGAAGUAUGGUUCAGCAUUGGGGUUGGUAGUGCUAAACGCAGCAAUCACUGCUUACUCGCAGUGUGGCGCACUUGCAGACUCUAGAAAGAUCUUUGAUGGAAUUGAGAGUAGGGAUUUGAUAUCAUGGAAUUCUAUACUUGGGGCCUAUGCUUACCAUGGGAUGAACAGUGAGGCAAUGAGAUUCUUCGUCAGGAUGAUGCGGGAGAGUGGAAUCCAGCCUGACAUGUAUAGCUUUACAAGUGUCGUAAGUGUUUGUUCUGAGCAUGGCUGUGAUGAUAGGCAAGGGAGAUCAAUUCAUAGUUUGGUGAUCAAGAUUGGGUUGGAAGGAGUCACACAUGUUUGCAACGCUAUGGUCGCCAUGUACACUAGGUUCACUGAGUACUGCAUGAUGGAAGAUGCAUAUAAGUGCUUUAAUUCUCUGGUUUUUAAGGAUGCAGUCUCCUGGAACUCUAUGUUAACUGGGUAUUCACAUCAUGGUUUGAGUUCUGACGCUUUGAGAUUCUUCAGAUGCAUGCGAGCAGAGAAUAUUAGGACAGAUGAGUUUGCGCUCUCUGCUGCUCUGAGGUCUUGCUCAGACCUUGCUGUACUUCAGCUAGGUAGACAAGUACACAGUUUAGUCAUCCAAUCUGGUUUUGCUUCCAAUGACUUUGUUUCAAGCUCGCUGAUCUUCAUGUAUUCUAAGUGCGGAAUGCUUGGUGAUGCAAGAAAGUCUUUUGAAGAGGCAGAUAAGGGUAGCUCGGUGCCCUGGAACUUGAUGAUGUUUGGUUAUGCACAACAUGGGCAGGCACAGACUGUGACCGACCUCUUCAAUGAGAUGCUGGACCUUGAGGUUCCUUUGGAUCAUGUUACCUUUGUUGCCCUGAUUACCGCCUGCAGCCAUGGUGGUCUUGUAGAUGAAGGGUCGGAAAUUCUCAAUACAAUGGAAACUAGAAUCCAUGGGAAUAUGGAACUAGCAAGCGAUGUGGCAAGCCAUUUGUUUGUGGCAGAACCUCGGCAGCACUCCACCUAUGUUCUUCUCUCCAGCAUGUAUUCUGGUCUUGGUAUGUGGAGUGAUAGAGCAACAGUGCAGAAGGUAAUGAAGAACAGGGGAUUAAGCAAAGUUCCUGGAUGGAGCUGGAUUGAGGUGAAAAAUGAGGUGCAUUCUUUUAAUGCAGAUGAUAGGUCACACCCAAGGAUGGAUGAAAUCUUUGAUAUGUUAAGAAUGCUGCUUCAGGUUGCACAGAGGCUUUGCUCUUCUGGAGAUGAAGAGAUUCUCGUGACAAUAUCCAGUGAUACAUGA